GGGCCCUCCAGAUGAACUGAGUCGGGGUUAAGUUCAAGUACUUGUUAGUAGACUUUGAGCCCUACGACUUGAAAACAAUUAUACUCUUGGAAAUGGCACACGUUUAUCUAAAACGAGAGUUGAAACGCGGAGCUGACCUGGAAGUCUCUCAUUGGCCACUGUCCUUUCUCAGGAAGUCACUUGCCUCCCAGAGCCCACCGGCACUGAGCUUUGGGGGACUCUUCAGGAGCUGAGAGAAUGGUGCUCUUCAGGCAGCUGUCGCUGGGUUCCAAGGCUGCCCUGGCUGCAGCCACCGUCUUCGUGUCCAUGAUCCUUUCCCGCUCCUUUCUGGCCGAGACCCUUGAGCUCCGGGCCUGGCGCUGGCUGUUCCGCCUGCAGCUGGUCCUGUUCGUGAACUCGGUCAUGCUCAUUGGUUCCUCGUACAUCUGGCGGAGCACAGUGAGUGACCUCAGCCAUUCCCCUGCUGUGGAAUCUACCUGUUUCCAGCUUUGGAAGCUGGUUGUCAUGGCAUUUCUGGCCCUGGCGCAUUCCAGUUUCUUCACCAUGCUCUUCUUGGUGGCCGAGGAACCCUACGUGUUUUCCUUAGCAGCCUACUCCUGCCUGGGUGCCUACAUCAUCAUGGUUUUCUUCCUUUGUAUCUUGAACGCCAUGGAGCAGGUCUACCAGUUCUUAGCCUGGCGCAGUGGUCGGGUGGUAAGCAGUCUCGACAAGACAAGGCACCUGGUGCUCAGGCCUGCGCUGGCGGUGGCCGUGACAGCUGUGCUCAGUACCAUUGGCCUUCUGAAUGCUGCCCAGCCCCCAGUGGUGAAAACCGUGGAGGUGCCCAUCCAUCAGCUGCCCGCCUCGAUGAAUAACCUCAAGAUUGUGCUCCUUUCCGACAUUCACUUGGGGCCCACAGUGGGCAGGACCAAGAUGGAGAUGUUUGUGAGGAUGGUGAACAGGCUAGAACCAGACAUCACGGUGAUCGUGGGCGACCUCUCUGAUUCAGAGGCCUCUAUCCUGCGGACAGCGGUCGCUCCUUUGGGCCAGCUCCGUUCCCGCCUCGGCACCUACUUUGUCACAGGUAAUCACGAGUACUAUACAUCGGACGUCAGCAACUGGUUCACACUGCUGGAAUCCUUGCACGUCCGGCCCCUACAUAAUGAGAAUGUGAAGGUUUCUGUCCCCAGCGACCGGGACAGUGGUGGGAGAGAUCCAGAAUGGGUCUGCUUGGCGGGUGUGGAUGACAUAGAAGCAGACAUCCUUCACUACUCUGGCCAUGGCAUGGACCUUGACAAGGCUCUGGAGGGCUGCAGCCCAGACGAUGCCACCAUCUUACUGGCUCAUCAGCCUCUGGCCGCCAAGAGAGCCCUCCAGGCUCGGCCAGAUAUAAACCUGAUCCUUUCCGGGCACACUCACGCAGGGCAGAUCUUCCCCUGGAAUGUCGCGGCCUAUCUCCUGAACCCUUUCUUUGCUGGACUCUACCAAGUAGGCAAGGCUACAUUUGUGUAUGUUAGCCCGGGUACAGCCUAUUAUGGGAUACCCAUGAGAUUGGGGAGCAGGGCUGAAAUCACAGAACUGAUCCUGUGGCGGGCUUCAUAAACCUGCCCCAAUGGCCCUGUCCUGCGCUGGCCUAGGACCUUCCUCCAUCUCCUGCCCCGUCCCAACCUUGCCAGCACCCCUUUGGCCAUAGCCUGCUGGGAACAGCCAUAUGCAGUGGGGCUGCCUGGCAAGUUCAGGCAGACUUAACUCUUCAGAUAAUCAAUUGCUUUUUGACAAUA